AUGGCGGGAGGCAAUUCAUUUGCAAACCACACGCCACCUCUGGCCUUCACCCCCGAUGCUGAGUCGUCUCCGUCAAACGCCCCGUCUCAGCAUGAAUUCGUCCAGAUCGCUCCCUCCACCACCAGCCUGACCAGCCUGGCUAGUCUGGCCAGCAGCACCACCACCCAUGGACCGAGCCUCAUCAACUCUCCGAGCGUGCUCAGCCAGAAUGGCUUCAGCCAGUCCGGUAUCGGCCAGCCACUGCCUCAGAUCCCUGGCGCCACCGUCUACACGCCCACAGCCAUUCCUGGCAUCGAGCUGAAUCCGCGCAGCUGCGUUACUUGUCGUCGCCGCAAGGUCCGUUGUGACAAGCACAUGCCCUGCUCCAACUGUCGCCGCGCCUUGAUUCCGUGCAUAUUUCCCGCACCCGAACGUGCGCCGCGCCGGCCGCGCCGCAAAGACCCCAGCGCUCUGCGCCCACACCAGUCGACUGAGCGCGAGAUCGAGUUGCUUAAGCGCUUGCGCAAGUUGGAAGGCAUUGUCGAGGAGCUCAGCGGACAGGUUGAGCUGGAGGCCACGAAGCAGCACUCGAGCAACGGCGGCUCGCCCGAGGCCAUCAACGGAACCCAAGGCAGCAUCGUCGGAGGCAUGAACGGCAGCAGCUGUGCCGACGGCUCCGUCAACGGCAACGGCAUCGCAAAUGGUGGUCAUGGCCUUGCCAACGGCGCCGGAAGAGGACAGCAGUCGCCCAUGAUGACGAAUAUGCCCGCCGUCGGAAGUCCUGGACGACUGAUCAGCGACAGUAACGGAAAGAUGAAGCCUGGAAAGGACGGCGAGCGACAGUUUGGCCGCCUCGUCAUCAACGAUCAUGGGCGCUCGCGCUAUGUCAGCAGCGCUUUUUGGAGCAAGAUCAGCGACGAGCUGGACGAGUUGCGGUCAGAAGCCCAGCGGAUUUCCGAGCCAGAGACUGAAGCUUCCGAGACUGAGAGCUCGCCGCCUCACGACACCGACGAACGACCAGAAGCAGACCACCACGCCUUUUGUUUCGGCUUUCAGUCUACUACGGUCGACCUGCGACCGCUGCAUCCGCUGCCGUCCCAAAUUCCAUAUAUCUGGCAGGUGUAUCUGGAAAACGUCGAUCCCGUGGUCAAGGUGCUGCACACCGUCUCGACCAGCAAGCUCAUAAGGAAUGCACGCACAAACUUGGAUGACAUCUCUCCUGCAGCGGAGGCAUUGAUGUUUGCUAUUUAUUAUGCUGCCGUUACAUCUUUAGAUGAAAAUGAGAUUAAAAUAAACUUUAUGGCCGAUAAGGAGGCACUGGUGAACAAGUACCGCUUCGCCCUGGAACAGGCUCUGGCCAAGGCCCAGUUCCUCGUCUCGGCCGAUUUGGUUGUCUUGCAGGCGUUUGUGAUCUACAUUGUCCUUAUCCGGCGCAAUGACGAGACCCGACUUGCGUGGACCAUGACGGGCCUCGCUAUUCGCAUCAGCCACUCCAUCGGACUGCACCGUGACGGCAGCAAUUUCCCCAGCCUCUCGCCCUUUGAGGUCGAGAUGCGCCGGCGCCUGUUCUGGGCGAUCUGCAUCAUCGACAUGCGCUCGGCCGAGGAUCUGGGAACGGAUCUGUCCAUUCUUGAGCAUGGCUUCGACACGCAGCUGCCACUGAACAUCAACGACAGCGACAUCAGCCCGGAGAGCACCACGCUUCCGCCCCCCCGCAAGGGCGCCACGGACGUCACAUUUGCACUCAUCCGGUACGAGAUUCUCAGCGUGGUGCGCCGGAUGCAUGUGAUGCAGUCGGGGGGCAUCGGCUCGAUCUAUCCCGUAGACGCCACGGCCAGCCUGGAGGAGCGGGAACGCAUGAUCCACGACAUCUACGAGCACAUCCAAGAGAAGUACCUGGGCAGCAGCGAGACGGCGUCAGAUCCGAUUUUCUGGGUGGCCGGCAUCAUUGCUCGCGUGAUCUGCACGCGGAUGACCCUGGCGGUGUACCAGCCGAUUCUAUUUCCGACAGGGAGCAACGAGGAUAUGUCGCGGGAGCUGCGUGACCGACUGUUCACCGGCUCGACCGAGCUGUUUGAGUACACCACCAGCCUGACGACGGACUCGCGCACGAAGCAGUGGCGCUGGCUGUUCAAGACGUACAUGCAGUGGCACGCGGUGGCAUACAUCUUGAUGGAAGAGUCGCGACGGCCCUGGAGCGCGUCUGUCGAGCGGUCGUGGCAGGCGAUCUCCGCGAUCAUGGCGGGCCCCAAGUCGCAGGAGAUCGAGAAGAUGACGGCCAACGCGUCCAUCUGGCUGCCAUUCAAGAUGUUGUACAACAAAGCACGCAAGCACCGUGAAGCUGAGAUACAGCGGCUCCGGGCGGACCGCAGUGAAGUCAUCCGGCUGGACCGUGAGGACCACGUCCGCCUUGGACCUACCAUCUUCUCUGCCGCCGAGGGCGGUAUUGACGGCUUUCACUGGCGGGAACAGUGGCUCGAACUGAUGGGAGCCCCUGAGCUGGCGGCCGAGUCACCGGCACCGCCCUCGACGGGCGAAGGGUCGGUCGCUGACAGUGUGGACGCAGCCAAGACCGAGAAGAAACUUGCCAAGGCGCUGCCGGAAGGCAAUCUGUACGGGACCUAUGCAAAUUCUGAUAUACCACGCCAAGAUACCGCGCUCUCCCACUUUGUUGCAAAUGCAUCGUUUGGCGGCGGUAUGGGCAACGGAACUGGAGGAAGCAAUGGGAGCAAUGUUCCCACGACAUCGUCGUCGCAGCAAUCGACUUCUACAGCGCUCGUUGAUGGCAUGGGGUCGGUCGGAAAAGGCAAACCUACGAACGACACGCGCGACGACGGGAUGGACGAGCAGCGGACAUGGCGGCCGCUGCCGGCGCGACAUGCGCAAGUGCCGCAGCUGGUGGUGUCGGCGACGUUUGGGGUGGCUUCGUAUGCGGUGCACGUGUCCGACCUGGUGCACGUCUGGACGGAAGAGCUGAGUCGCCGUGACAUCUGCAUGCGUGGUUUCCGCGAGGACACGCCGAUCGACCCGAGCUACGAUGCCGAGCAGAUGGCCGUCUUCCUGGACAAGCUGCGGGCAGCGCUGGAGCCGGAGCACACCGAGCACGGGAUGACGAGCCUGAGCUUGAGCCUGGCCUCUGCAGACGGAUCGGAUGGUGCAAACCUGAUUCUGCACCUGAGCGUGGAGCUGCCGGGAGGCCUGCGGCCGCUAUGCUGGCCCAUGUGCCUGGCACGGCGGCAGUCUGCCAGCGCGGUGGCGGAUGAGCUGGUGCGGCCGCUGCUGCACGACCGGCUGGUGCGCGCGCGUGAAGCGACCGCGCUGUCUGCAGCCCUGCGCGAGAAGGACGUCGUGAUCGGCCGGCUGGCCGACAAGCUCGAGGCGCUGGGCGCCGGGCUCGGCAGCGUGUUUCCGGCGCUGGCAGGGCGACAUCCACAGCAGCAGCAGCAGCUGAUGCGUGCGGCCAUGGAGGAGCGCGUGCCCGGGCUGGCGCCCUUUUCUCUUGACAGUCUCCGAAGACAAUUGCAGAAACAAGAGGAGACGACAGCGGACAGAUCGCUGGUGGAAGAAGCGCUUGGCGAUGGCGACUCGCUCACGUGUGAGAUCGGCGAGCCCUCGGAGCCCCGGCUGGACGGCUGGUGGAAGACGCUCGGCAGCGGCCUGGGCGUUUCGCUGCAGCCCACGGUGAGAAAGGAGACGGUCCUGGCAGAGAAGCCUCCUCCGGCUGAAGAUGCUGCUGCUGUCGCGGACGACGACUACGUCCAGCGGGAGACGCCAAAGAAGAACAGAGGUGCUGCUGCUGAGCCACCAUCCUCACCGACUCCAAGAGCGGUCUCACCAUCACCACCACUACCACCAAGGCCGACUGGCAAAGCUGGCAAGCUCGGCAGGCUAGGAGCCAUUGGCAAGAAGAGAGCAUCGACACCACCGGCGCCACCACCCGCAGAACCAGAGGCUGCAGCAGCCGUGCCAUCACCACCGCUAGCAGACAGUGCCAAGGGGGUCGGGGAAGCAGACGGGUCCGAUACGGCAUCGGAGGCCGGAGACACGGCUGAACCACCGGCCAAGAAACAAGCGGAAGAGCAGCAGCAGCAGGCGGCACUGUCUGCAACAGACGUCUCAGUGCGUCCCAAGUCAGCAGGUGGCCGCAGCCUGGGAAGGAUCGGCAAGGGCAAGAAGCCGGCAGCAGUGGAGGCGGUAGCAGAAGCGGCUGCGGUACGAGUCGCUACAGAGGACAAGAAGGCCGAAGACGCGGCGAAGCAAAAGGAGCGGCUCCAGCAGGUAGUAGAGAAGCAGGCGGCACCAGUACGGAAGAAGAGGAAGUUUUAG